UGCGUUGGCGGCGCCUACCAGCUUCGCCGCUUACCUCUCCCCGCCCCCCUUCCCGGAGUGCUUCCGCUUGGGGUGAUUCUCCUUCUUAUUGACAAACACCGAGCUAGCGGCCGCGGGUUCCGGGGUGUCUUUUUUUAGCCGAGCCAUGGGAGACAAGAAGAGCCCGACCAGGCCGAAGCGGCAGCCGAAGCCAUCCUCGGAUGAAGGAUACUGGGAUUGUAGUGUCUGCACCUUCCGGAACAGCGCGGAGGCUUUCAAAUGCAUGAUGUGCGAUGUGAGAAAGGGCACCUCUACUAGAUCCACAUACUUUGAAGUUAUUGUGAAUGCCUUGAGGACCAUGGAACCGUUGAAAUUUCAAAUUUCAGAAAGGAAACCUCGACCUGUCUCCCAGUUGGUUGCACAGCAAGUUACCCAGCAGUUUGUGCCCCCACCACAAUCAAAGAAAGAAAAAAAAGAUAAAUUAGAAAAGGAAAAAAGUGAAAAAGAAACAACUAGCAAAAAGAACAGUUAUAAGAAAACCAGGCCACGAUUGAAAAAUGUGGAUCGGAGUAGCGCUCAGCAUUUGGAAGUAACCGUUGGAGAUCUGACAGUCAUUAUUACAGACUUUAAGGAGAAAACUAAGUCACCACCUGCAUCUAGUGCUGCUUCUGCAGAUCAACAUAGUCAGAGUGGUUCUAGCUCUGAUAAUACAGAGAGAGGAAUGUCCAGGUCAUCUUCACCCAGAGGAGAAGCCUCAUCAUUAAAUGGAGAAUCUCAUUAAAGUUUACUUUUUUCCAGUUUCUUUAGUCACUUCUCUGUAACAUGCAAAUACAAAGAUUUUUGCCAACACAUGCCACAUUUUCAUGACAGACAUUCAUGCACAAUCCACAACAUGUUUUACAUAAAAUAAAAGUACAUUAGGAUUAAUAAUUUUGUUGCAAUCUAAAGACCACAUUUGCAGAAUUAACAUUUUGAUAUCCAGAGUUAAAAGUGCCAUGAAAAUGUGGUAGAGCAUUCAUUAUGCAGUGUUAUUAGUAACCUUUUUCACUUUUAGUGAAUUACAACACUUAAACCUUGAUUUUGCUACUAUUGAAUGGCAUGUACUGAAUUAAAAUUUUUAUAACAUAGUUCAAGCUGCCUAGAUAUGUAUUAUUUGAGAAUUAUGAAACAGUUGUAUAAGUGUGUUUGUGUGUGUGUAUAUGUAUACAUAUAUAUACAUACAAGUCAGAUCAAUUCAGUCAACUAUUAGAGCAACCAGAUUUUCAUAAUAGUUAUCUUCUUAAGUACACCUGCUGGUACUUGGUGUGAUUAAAUUAGGAAAAUUGUUAUUAAAGGAUUUCUAUUAACUUUGGCCAAUGUUUUUUGACACAUUUUACUAGAUUACUCUUACAAAAUUAUGUUUCUUGUUUUAUCAAAUUUGCUUUCCUUGGCUUCUUAAAACAUUCAUAUAUUAUGUUUACUAGCAAAAUACUAAACACUUUAAAGUAUCAAUUGUUUAGCUUUGUAAUUGAGAUAAAGCACUAUUAUGAUCACACUAGUAUUUUCCAUAUUAUAUAAAAUUUUCCAUUUGAAAUGAUUGUAUGUCUUUGCCAAAACAAUAAGAACCAUCCAGCAACAGAACAAAUUUCCGUUUUAAAAAGUUGCAUUUCUGAAAAGGCUUUAAAUGAAUAAUAAUUUUAUCACUUGUUUCUUGCCCCAGAUUUAUUCAGUGCUAUCAACAUGUAUAAAAAUAAUUACUACAGAAAUAUGGAGUAUUUCACAGAACUUGGGAAUAACUAAUAAUAAUGUAUCCUAUUUCUUCUUAAGUCAGCUUUUGUUAUUUUUAUUGGCCCUUUAUUAUAUGUUUUUAGUAAUUCCUAUGAAAAACAUGCAGUUCCUUAUUUUCAGGCACAAUUAUCAUUUAUGCAUAUAUCAAUAUACUAAUGCAGACAAAAGUAUUUACGGUCACCCAGCAUUAUGUAAAAUUACCAAUAAAAUAUUUUUAUGACUAUAUCUUCUUCAUUUUUGUUUAAAACCAACAUGUAUUUAAUGCACACAUAAAAAAAAAUCCAAACUGGGUUCAUCUAAUUCUUGUUCUGUUGAAUACAUGUUUGUUUGUUUUAUUGUCUCUCCCAUUAGAUUGUGAACUCCUUGAAGACAGGGACUAUCUUUUGCCUUUUUUUUUUGUAUUCCUAAUGUUUAGCACAGUGCCUGGCACAUAGUAUGUGCUUAAUAAAUGUUUAUUGUCCAAUAUUCUCACAUAUAGGGAAUUAGUAUAUAGACAGGACAUUUAUCCAUGAGCACAACUAUACAAUAUUACAUAAAAGGCAUCUUCAUGAUAAUUAAAUUGAAGAUCCUAACAGUUUUAAUGUUUAGGAAUUUUUUGGGUUAUAAAUGUAUUUUUCUGUUUAAUAUAGCAUUUAUACUAUAGACAUAGUAGUACUGUCUAUUUUGUUAGAUGCUAGUGAGAGUUGCAGAAAAAGUAAGUCUUAUGUGAUGUCUAAACACUUAAGUACUUCAUUCUUUGAAUGAUCUUAAAAAAUUAAAACUUUAAGUGUGGUUUUGAGAAUGGUGGUUUUGGUAGGAGACUUGUAAUGAAAGAUUGGUUUUUUUGGUUAUUUUAACUUCGUUUUGAACUAUGAAGUCUCCUUUGUCUUAUUUGGUUCUCUUCAUUUCCUAUUUUUAAAGGCUGAUUUUUUUUUGAGAUCCUGAGUAUUUGCAUAUGCUAAUGAUAAUUCUCAUUUUUUUUUAAUGACACUAUGUUCUAAAGACUGUUCUCUAAUUACAGUUUACUUUUUGGCAUGAGAAAAAAGUCCUGACAGAGCUUUAAAUGGAUGCAAAACAGACAGUAGUCUGGCAAACAAGCAUAAUACAAUAAGCAAAAAAUUGGCUUACAUGACAUUCCAUUGCUAAUAUAAAGGUAAAACUCCAUAAGAGCAACUUACUGCUUUUUAUCAUGCUUAGAAAACAUGUCCCCUGUAUUAUCUAGAUAAGAUCAUAGGAUAUAAAACUAAAAGCGAACUUUUUGUUCAGUCAUUUUUUAAUUGUGUCCAAUUUUUCUUGAUCCUAUUUAGGAUUUUCUUGGCAGAGAUAAUGGAGUAGUUGUCAUUUCCUUCUUGAGCUCAUUUUAUAGAUGAGGAAACUGAGGCAAACAGGGCAAAGUGACUUACCCGGGGCCACAGAGCUACUAAGGCCAAACUAGAACUCAGGAAGAUGGGUCUUUCUGACUCCAGGGUUGGCACUGUAUCCACUUUGCCACCUAGCUUCUCAGAAGGGAACUUCGAGGUCUUCUAAUCGGAACCUCUUAUUUUAUAGAUGAGGAAACUGAAACCUGAGUAGUUAUAACUUUCAGAAUAUAGAAUAAAUGACAGUUAACAUUUGGAUCCAAGUCCUUUCGACUCCAAAUCCAGUGUUUUUGCCAGUAGAUCACACUUGAUGAAUUAUGUAGGAUAAUAUUAACUUUUAGAAAUGAAAAAACCAAGGCUCAGAAUGACUUUGCCAGAGUCACACAACUUAAGUGACAGUCAAGAUUCAAACAUAUGUCUUCUGAUUCCAAAACCAGCAUUUUUAAUAUUGCAGAGAAAUAUUUUCUCUAAAUUAUUUCCCUGCUCUAAUAGAUGAUUCUUAUUCAUAUUUUAUUCAUGUGGUUAUAUGUAUUCUUUUCAGAUGUGGUCUUUGAUGUCUAGCUAAACAUCUUCCCAAUGAAAAAAUUGAUGCUGUAUGAUUUUCUCUAUAAAAAGGGAGGGGAAAAAGGAAGAAGUUGAUCCUCUCUUUUCAAAGUUCUGUUUUUCUGUAAUAAAUUAAUAGAAUUUUAUGUAAUAAAUUAAUAGAAUUUUAGAACUGAAAGUUAUUUUAGAUGUCAUAUGAUAAAAUUUUGUAGAUGAAAUAAUUUGUGCUCAGAGAAGUUGAUUCCUUUGCUCAAGUUAGCAGGAGAAGCUAUUCAUUGAUUUAUUCAAUAAACAUUUAUUAAAUAUCUACUAUAUCCCCACCUCUGAGAUAAGAAAUGUGCAUAGAAAAAGAGGCAAAGGAUAAUCUCUGCCCUCAAAAAGUUUACAAUCUAGUGGAGGAAAUGAGUUAAAAAUAUAUAUAUAUAUAUAUACAUACACACACAAAGUAAGCUAUAUACAGGAUAAAGAGGAAAUAAUCUAAAAACUAAAAGCAUUAGAAUGAAGAAGGAUUGGUAACAGCUUCCUGUAGCAAGUAGAUUUUUAUUUGGGAUUUAAAGGAAACCAGAGAAGUCAGGAGGCAGAAUAGAAGACGGGGAGAGUGUUUCAGGCAUGGAGGAUGGCCAGAGAAAAUGCUUUGAGCUUGAGAGCUGGAGUGUGGAACAAACAGGAGGCCAGUGUUACUGGAUCAAAGAGGACAUGUGACAAGGCUAUGAAGGGCUUUGCAUGUCAAACAGCAUUUUGUAUGUGCUCCUGGAAGCAAUAGGAAGUCACUGGAGUUUACAUGAUCAGACCUGCAUUUUAGGAAAAUCACUUAAAAGAAUAGACUAGAGUGGAGAAAGAAUGGAAACGGACAGAUCAUGGCUGUAAUCAAAGACACAAGAUGAUGAGAACUUGCAGUAGAAUGGUGGCAAUUGCAGAGGGGGGAGGAAGGUGUGUUUGAGAGAUGUUGCAGAGGUGAAAUCAGCAGGUUUUUGCAAGUGCUUGGAUGGGGGUGGUUAGGAAUCCCAAAUAGCUCCUAGGUUGUGAACAGGAAGAUGGUGUUGUCUUCUUCAACAACAGGAAUGGAAGAUCUUCUAGACAUCUAGUUCAAGAUGUCUGAAAGGCAGUUGGAGAUUCAAGGUUGAAACUUAGGAGAGACUAGGGCAGGUAUGGUAAAUUUGGGAAUCAGCAGCAUAACGUCCACAGUGGGCAGAUGAGGUCACCAAAGGAAGUAGUAUAGAAGGGAAAAGAAGAGCACCCAGGACAGACGCUUCGGGGUCACCUAAAGUCAGAGCAUGAUCUGGAGGAGAAUCCAGCAAAAGUGUUAUCACAACAGCCUAGAGAAGAGAACAUCAAAGGCUUCAGUGGUCAGGAAGAAGGGUUGAGAAAAGGUUAUUGGUUUUGGCAACUUAGGGAAUGGUCUGAAGCCAGAUUGUAAGGAGAUUGUAGAGAACCUCCUAUCUCCUGGACCAUAAUAAUGAAUUUUUCGUUGCAUCAUCCAGCCCAUGGAAAAAGCACUCCUGCAUUAUGUGAUGCAUCAUUGUGGAGAUUUGGUGUACAAGUUUUGUAUUUUCAAAUAUAAAUCAAAAUAAAGGGAAUACAAUUUGACAUCUCUAAUGAUCAUAUUUAUAUAUACACACACACAUAUAUAUAUAUAUAUAUGGUGCAGGUUCUUGAAAUAUUUUUAAAUGGGCACCAGAAAAAGCUGCUAGUUCAUUAAACCUAAAGAAUUUAUUGAGUUCUUUCCUGAGAAUCUGAAAAAUUUAAGCAUUGAAAAUCCUCUUUAAUUCCUAACCCUUCCCUAUUACUCCUCCCAGUCCCCAUUCCUCCCCCCAAAAAGAUUACCCUACCAAAGAGAUGGUUGAGAUGGCCAGUUUUCCAUUAGAUAACAUCUUUUAGGAAAGAAUUAAAUCACUACAUGAUAUAUACUUUGAGUCCUACUAAAAAUGAAGUUAAAUGAUUUUUAAUCCACACCAAGGAAAUAGCCCCCUUUUUAAAAGAUUUUCUUAAGAGGUAAAUUCUCCACUUCAAGGAUAUUUUGAAGACCUAAUAUAGAAAAUAGAACUAGGAAAUCACUGGAUAUUUUUAUGUCAUACAAUUUUUAAAACCAUUCAAAUUAAAGAGAUAGGAUUAUGAGUGUAUGUGGAGAGAGGAAAUAAUUGGAGAAUAACACAUAUGCACACACAACAGAGGGCAUUUCUGUUUUGCUUCCUCAACUGACUGAAAUCAAAUAUGCCCUGAGACAUGACCAGUUACAAAAACAACCGCAAAGAGACAAAGAUGUGGAGUUGUGAUGAUUGGUUUCCGAAGAGGAAAAAGAAGAGAAGAGAGCAACAGGCAAUAGAGUCUAUAAGAGAGAUUGGUCAAGAAUAGCUAGAAGCAGACCCAAUGACUGAAGAACAGACACCAGUGGUAGAAGAGGGAAAAGAAACAUGAAAUAGAAGGGGAACCAAGCUGGUAGUUGUAGAAUUGUAUAACCCUUAUUGGCUAUUACUAAGACCACUGUAUUACAGCAUAAUUGAUGAUAAUGAGCCUGGAUAAUCAACAUUUUUUUAAACUAUUAUUUAACCUAUUGCUAAGGCAGCCAAGUGCAACAUUUAAAAAAAAGAUGUUCCAUCAAAACUAAAGUUUAAAAGUAUGUGUAUAAAUGACUCAAUUCAAGAAACAUCAAACACCUACCACAUCGUACAUACAAAAACAAAUGAAAAGGACCCUUCCCUCAUUGACUUUACAUUCUUCUGGGUGUCUAAAACAUGUACCUAGAUGAGUAACAGUGAGGAAAAUGGAAGAAGAAAGGGUCCUGAGUCCGUCUGAGAAAGACAAGAACAUCAACUACAGGUUAACAAUUAUUUGAAAACAUGCCAUGCAAGUUCCUUAAGCAGGCACAUUUCAAGACCCCGGCUUGAGAAGGAACAAUUUAGUAGCUGGGACAGUAAUAGAGGGUAGAAGAGGGAUGAUCAACUGGGAGGUUAUUGCAGUAGCCUGAGAGAGGAAGGUAAGGUAGUUGUUACCGGAGCAAAUAGAAGGGGAUGAGUGUGAGAUGUGGAGAAGUUUUGUUCUUAUUAAGAUACCUUGUUCCCAGUGGCAGCUGGGUGAUUCGGUGGAUGGAAAGCCAACCUGGAGUCGGAAUAGUCCUGGGUUCAAACCUGGCCUCAGACACCUCCUAGCUGGGUGACCGUGAGCAAAUCAUUUAACCCCUACUGCCUAGCCCUGACUGCUCUUCUGCCUUGGAGCCAAUACACAGCACUGAUUCUAGGAUGCAAGGGGAGCAUUUUUAAAAAACAACCCUUGUUCCUCUUUCAUGUCAUAAACUUGAUAUGUUUGUAUAUUAGGAAUAUUAUUAUGUUUGGGGUACAUUAUUUUCCUACAACCCAUACUUGGUAAUUUUAUGACGUAAAUGCUAUUUUCCUGUUGAUUUCUAUUAGGAAGUCAAAGAUGUAUUUGUACCCAUUAGGAAAAACUCCUACAACUGAGGCUUUGGCCAGAAAGUACUUUGAGAUUUGGUCAAGCCUGAGUGUUAACAGCAUACCAUUACUAUUAUGUCCUUAGGAAAGUAUAGUUCCUCAUAGUACAUAGUGAAUAGUGAUUAGCUUUUGUGACACUUUAAGUGUUCUGUUCCUUUGGGUACAGAAGAGAGAGUGCCAGGCCCUGGGGUCAGGAAGAUAUGAGUUCAAAUGUGGCCUCAGAUACUUAAUAAUUUUGUGACCCUGGGCAAGUCAUUUAACCUCUGUUUGCCUCAGUUUCCUCAAUUGUAAAAUGGGGAUAAUGGCACCUACAUCACAGGAUAGUUAUGAGGAUAGAUUGAGAUAACAUUUGUCACUCAUUUAGCACAGUGUCCAGUAUAAUAUAAAUUAUACAAUAUAAAUUAUAAUUUUCUCUCCCUCCUGAUCCUAGAUCUCCACUGUUCCAUCAGUUCUCUUAUUUGACUUCAGCUGUUCUUUGGACCAUAAAAAUGAAUCCUUUUCCCUGGACUCUAAUUCCUGAAAAUUAAACUUGUAUGUCAUGGCUUCAUGAUGGCCAAAAGGCCUAUGAAACCGUGUUAUAGUCUUUCCCAUUCCUCACCAGGAAUCCCCAGUACAACAUCAGCCUUCAUUUGAAGACGCCCAAGUAGGAGAUGGAAUCCACUUCCUUCUGUGGCCCAGCAGAGCAUGUCUAAUCUCUCCUCCAUAUGACAACUAAGUCUUCUUCAUUUUUAAAACUCCAGAGUUCCUUCAACUCACCCAGGUAUGGCAGCUUGAUCUCCCUCCCCUGGACACUUUCAAGCUUGCCAUUGUUCUUCCUGAAAUGUUACGGCACUCCUGGUCUGACCAUGAGAGCCUACAGGGGAGCUAUCAAUAGUCCCUUAUUCUGGAUUCAUUUCAGUUGAAGCAACCCAAGAUCAUGUAGCAUUCCCAGCUGCCAAGCUGAAUUUAUUUAUUUUCACUAAACCUAGAGUCCACUAAAAUACACAUAUCAUUUUGUACAGACUUUUUCAAUCAUAAAAUGUUAUCUUAUUGAAUUCAGAUACAAAAAUAUUUUAACAGGAUAAAUCCAAUAGGUCUUUAGGUAAAUUUGUCCAAAACCAAUUCAGUUAUGAUUACCCAACUGACAACUUUUACCUAAAAUUCAUAUUUAUCAUUGUGUUAUGAUAGGAUAGCCAUCUUUAGGUAUUUCAAAAGCUGUCACAUGAAUGCACAAUCCUCUCUUAUUUUAAACCUUUACCUCUUAGAAUUAACAUCUUAGAAUUAACACUGUGCAUUGGUUCUAAGGCAGACGAGGGAUAAGGGCUAGGCAAUGAGGGUUAAGUGACUUGCCCAGGGUCACACAGCUAGGAAGUGUCUGAGGAUAGAUUUAAACUCAAGACCUCUCAUCUCUGGGCCUGGCUCUAUCCACUUAGCCACCCAGCUGCCCCCAAUCCUCUCAUAUCAUUUCAGAGAGAAUAGCUAUUAGUCCUUUCUGCCCCCACCUUUUUUUUUCUAGAUAAAGACAUGAUACAACAUUGGAAGCAGAUUGAGUUUCAACUGCAAUGAGUCCAAUAUCAUGGAAAUGCUAUGGAGCUAAGUAUGAUGAUUAAAUUCAGGGAAUAGUUGAAGGCUGAGAUAAUCAUCACACACAUACACUUGCUUGGUUUUCCAAUGAACUUUUCAUCCAUACUACAUUCUGCGAGGAUUUUCAGAUCUUAUGCAGCCUCACCGUUCUGCUGACCUCCAUUUUUGCUUCUCCAGCUGCCUGAAGGAAGCUUGAAUUGGAUCUCCUGUAAACUUCUUAAAUUCAACAUGUCUAAAAGAAUACUGUUUCCCCCCUUCCAGAUUUUACCCUUUUACAAUCAAGGAGUACCUCCUUUUCCCAUCACCCAGGCUCCCAAACUGUCAUUCUUGGCUCCUCACUCUCCCUGAUCCCCUUCCCCCAUCCAAUCUGUUGCCUGGUACAGGCCCUUCUCUCCUCAUGACUGAACUAUUUCAGUAGGCUACUGGUCGAUCUUCCUGCUGAAAAUCUCUUCCCUAUCGCAGGCCAUUCUCCAGCUGUCUGGCCAUGUCUCGCCCCUCCAUCUUUUCAGUCUCUUUACACCUUAUAUUGCCCCUCUACCUGAUGCCCUCUCCUCAUCCCCAAACCUUUGCUACUCCAUCUCCUCACUGGGCAUUUUCACUGCCUGGACCCAGUGCCUGAAAUCUCCUUUUCUCUCCCUCAGUUCACUGACUUCCUUCAAGUCUCAGAUAAAAUACUGCCUUUUAAAGGAGGUCUUUUUUUUUUUGGCAAUUUAGUUCUAGUGUUUUCCCUCAGAGAUUAUUUCCCUUUAUUCUGGAUAUGGCUUCUCUACACAUAGGUUUUGCACAUUAUCUCCCUCAUUUGAUUGUGAGUUCCUCAAGGGCAGGGACUGCUUUUUAUUUUACUUUUUUUUUUAUCCCUAGCAUUUAGCACAAUGCUCAGCACAGAGUACAUACUUAUUAAAUAUUUCUUGGCUGACUUGAUCUUUAAUAUUCUCAGUUACUCAUAAGGAAAAACUACUGCUGUCUAAUUUAGUGUUCAUUAGUUAUCAACAAUACACUCAAGGAUAUACAGUGGGCUUUGAUAGCCACCAAAAAGAAUGAAGAAUCUGUAGCCUUUUUAAAGAGCCAUUUAUGUUUCUCUCAUAAAUUUGCCCCAAUUUUUUUUAAUCCUUUCUAUGCUUCUUGUUGGCAUUUUCUCUUUAGGAACAAAUGAAUGAACAAGUAAAAAAUAUUUAUUAAGUGCUCACUGUAUGCCAGACAUUAUGCCAAGAGUUGAGGAUUCAAAUACAAAAAAGCAAGAUAAUCCCUAUCUUCAAGGAGCUUAUAUUCCAAUAAGGAAAAAACCCAAAUAUAGAGGAAACCAACCUGGGUGUGUUGGUUUGGGAAAUGGCAAGCUAGGGAGUAAAGUCAAGGGACACUUGACUACUCUAAUGGUAGCACUGAUUUAUUAGUCCCAGAAAAUGAGAAAGGAGAUAGAGGAGAGAAUCUGAAGGGAGAGAGAACAUACGAAUCAAGAAUGCAGUGAUCUAAGCAAGGUAGAAGCUGGAGCACCAACUUAAAGGGGAAAAUGAAGCUACAUGGCAAGAAAAUUAUCAGAAUAUCAUAAGAAAUAUGUUCUGUAGUUUCUUAUUUCAUAAAAAGUUUAAUUUUUAUUUGUCCUCAAGUCCAUCUUAAAAACAUUUCCUUAUUCAGGUUCCAAAGUACAUACACUUAUUCUGUUGAAAAAAAAUAUAUUAAUACAAAUACUACACUCUUUAAUUUAGGCCCAAGUCUUCCAUGAGCUAGUUAAUAUUUUAUCUGUCAUUUCUAGUGUAGAGAUAGAGAUGUCCAAACUCAUCUUCCAUUCCCUCAGCCCCAAGAAAUUUUCAGAUAACAUUUAUAGCAAUCUUGAACAAAGAAAAUACAUGUUAAAAUACAGUCUGGGUUAACAUUCUAGACUUGUUGAGUACCAUCCCAUUUGCUCAUGGACCAUCCCUCUCACUCUCUGAGUUAAAACAAGGUACCUCCCUUCCAUCUGUAUUUUAAUCCUUUCUCAAUGAAGUCUCAGGGACAUGCAUCAGUUGAGUGAGGAGAUUCUUAAUCCAUAUCCCUAAGAGAUUUUGUCCUCAAUCAUUUCCAUAGGGCUUUUUCCCAGGAGAAAGAACUUUAAACAAAAAUAACUUACUAAAAAUUCUGGAGAAAUUAAAAAGUUAAUUUUUAACAUGUCUCCAACAAUCCUAGUAUUUUUCAAAUUCAAAGUAAAAAACUUUUAUUGCUGGUUUUGUAGAUGUUAAUCAUGUCCCCUAAGUCUUUGCUUUUCCAGACAAGGGAAAAUGCUAAAAUCUUCAUGCUAGCACUCCCAACAUUUUAACUGUCUUCUGGAACUUUUCUAGUUUUCUUAUUGCCCUUUUGGCUUAUGUGAUACAUAAGAUUACUCACUAUAUAAGAGCUGGAUUCACUGGACCUAACAUUUAAAUUGUUAGAAGCAGCUAUUUUUAACUUUUUGGUGUGUAUGCCAUGUCCUUUCACGGUUUGGUGAAAAAACUAUAUACCUUUUCAGGAUAAUCUUUUCAAAUCCAUAAAAUAAAAUACAUUGGACUGGAAAGAUAACUGAUUAUGUUAAAAUUCAGUUAUCAAAAUAUUUUUUAAAAAUAGUUCCCAGAUUCCAAAUUUAAAAUGCAUGUAUAAAUCUUUGAGUUCUAACAAUCAUAUAUGUGCAGUUGGAAUUUAGUCAGUAACCAUUUGUUGUAUAUUUACCAUGGGCCAGGUAUUAUGCUAAGUGCUGGGGAUGUAAAGAAAUGGCAAAAAUAGCCUUUCUUCUCGAUAAAGACUAGAUGAAAGUAAGCUGAAAGGAGAAGGUACUGUUCCUUCUCUGGUAGUUAAGAUUUGCAGUUCAAACCAAACUUUAUAAAAGCAAAGUUUUUAGAGAUGGAUGUUCCUUGGAGAUCAUUUAUUCAAAGUGGAAUGACUUCUUCUGGAAGUCAGAACUAGAUAAAUAAUCAGGGAUGAUAUAAAGGAGGUUCCUAUUCAUGUGUAAGUUGAAGAAGGUGACCUAUAAGGUCUCUUCCAAAUCUGAGAAUCUAAAGUCAGGAAAACCUGAGUUUGAUCCUGCCUCAGACACUAGUUAUAUGACCCUGGGCAAGUUAUUUAACUUUGGUUUUCCAGUUCCCUCAUCAAUAAGUUUGGUUGUUUGGUCAUUGUCCUCUGUACUUGAAGAAUAUCUUUUGACUUGUGCAUAAAUUGUAUUUAAGUGAGGCAGAAUUGCAUAAAGUUGUCAGCUUUACUCUUCUAGAGUCAUCAAAGUCCAGGGGCAAGACUAUUGUCAGAAUGACUGGUGAUCCUGAGAUGGAGUGAAUGACAUUGGCUUCUUGGAUGUCUAACCAAGUUCUAGAUGCUCCAGUAGUGCCUGCUUCUACUGCCAUGAUGGCCACUGGAACAAACUGUCCCCCCUUUUUAUUGGGGGAAGGCUUUACAUGCCUAAGGUAGAUACCCCUCUAACAUACUGACAGUUUUGAGGCCUUGUGUUACCCUCUACCUGAUUUAGCCUGCCUGCCAAGACAGCGUGACCACUGCGCAUGCUAUACAUUCUUGGAGCCACAGGUAGACACCCAAAAAGGAAAGCUGCUCUGAAGAAGGCUCAGCAAAGCCCUCACACCAGGGAUAUUAGUUUUCCCUGAACACUCCAUAUACCCCAUCAGUAAAAUAGGGAUAAUAGCACUUGUAAAGUGCUUUGCAGACCUUAAAAGAAUAACUUUUAUUAUUAACUAGAAUGGCCUUCUAAUAAUUGUCUAUGAACAUCUCCUAAUAUUCUUUCAGUGAAUGUAACUUACCCUAAAGCUUAUAGUUCUGGUUAUCUUUUCAACUAAUGAAUGAUGCAUCUAAAUAGGUUAUUCCCAGUUCCCAUACAUAACAGUACUUAAAAACAUUGUCCAUUUGCUCAGUGUUCCAAAUGGAAUGAGGCUUCAGGGUGGAGCCUCUUGCCCCUGGGAUACUUCCUAGGACCAGAGUCACUGGGGAAGGUGGCAAAAUGCCUAGCAAAACCCUGGAAAAGGAUCUACAAAUGGUGUUCAGAUACCAGGCCUAACCAUGAAUCAGGUUUCUGGGAUAUAUUUUGUUACUAUUAUAUUCUAACUGCACAAAUCCUGGGAUAAGCAAAGGAACUGGUGUUGAAUAUGAGUUUAGUUAGCAUCCAAGCCUCAGGUACCAGGUAUUGACCUUCCCAUAUACCCAUCUUGAUCUCCCUGGUGUUUCAGAUAACCAACAGCCAUCAUGCAGAUGUUCCCUGACAAUGGAAACUUGUAGGUAGGAGACUACUUGUUGAUUUAUACCUCAAGACUCUGUCCUGGACUGUUUUUUCUUCUAUACUAUUUCAUUUGGUAAUCUCAUAAAGUCCCAUAGAUUAGAUUUCCUCUAAGGUUUGCUUUGGGUUCAUCCCAAAAGUUUUGGUAUGUUUUCUCAUUCUUGUUAUUUUAUUUGAUGAAAUUAUCUGUCAUUCCCAUGAUUUCUUCUUUGACCUAUUAACUCUAGGAUUAAAGAAUUAAGUCUACUUGAGUAUGAAUUCUUUCUUUAAAGCCUGUUAUUGAUUAUAAUUUCUAUUGUCUUCUGGCCAAUAAAAGAUAUGUUUAACAUU